AUGUCUGAAUUGUCCAUACAUCCUAUCAAUUACUCAGAAAACUCACGUAUAAAGAAGUAUCCUUUACAGAAAUCGUCUUCUGCUCACGAUCUUUUUUUGCUCCCUUACAACAACAACAACAACAACAAAAUUAACACCGGGCUACCAAAACUCAGUAUUACUAUGAGUAGGUUUAAUGGUGAACAUCCCACAAGUAAUAGUACGAAUAAUAAUAUGAAUAGUAACAAAGAGAAGAACAAAUCAGUGUUGCCACAUGGUAUGUCGGCAGUAGCACGUCCAAAGAGAUAUUCGACAGGGGCUCCAACUAUAGGAAAUAAGAGACGGAUAACUAAACCUGAUUUUAUGAAUCCAUCAAGUUUUAUAAUGACAGACCCUGUCAGAGGUGAACAAUUAUUGUUAUCAUCUUCACAACAGGCAAACGUUAAUACAAGUUUAAGGAACUCUAUAUCGAAUCAACUUUUGUCUCAUGUGAAUGAGGAUUCCACUCCACCUCCAUCUACACCAUCAAUGGAUCCAACAUAUAAGAAAGUUAUUAACGUGACUCCACAACCAUCCUAUAUCAUAUCGGAUCCAUCAGUGACAAUGAGGAAUAUGAGGAAUUCUUUGAUUGGAGCACCAAGUACUACUACACCUCUUAAUAAUGAUCAUGUCUCAUUGUUAAGAAUGAAUAAUAGUUCUGGGGUGGUUCCUAAUAGAAUCCCAACUCAGGCAAAUUCACCUUUAGAAAAUACUAUUUUUUCAAAUAGAUCACCAACUAUAUCUCCUGAACAUACCAUGAAUCAACAGCAAUUGAAUAAUACCACUAAUAAUAAUACAUAUGAGGUAUUCCAUAGAUCACAACAACAAAUAGCUACUGUAAUUGUGCCGAAUAAUGAGAAGCUUGUCUCUGUGACAGAAUAUGCAGAAACUCCAAAUGUACCGCAAACCAAUCAACCUUAUGAGACCACAAAUAACAACAAUUAUAAUAAUAAUAAUCAAGAUACUUCGGAGAAUACAUUUAAUAAUGAGGACAAUAAUAAUAAUAACAAUAAUAACACCAAUACCAACACCAAUAAUGAUAACAAUAAUAAUAAUGAUGACGGGAGUAAUCCCGACAAUAAUCGCUCUAACGAUAAAACUAAUGGGAAGAAAACUGGACAAGCAUUGAUUCAAAAACUUCAAGAUAUUUACAAGCUAAUUGUGAAGCAAGAAAUUGAAUUACAAGAUCGUUGUGCACAAUUAACAACUUCUCAAACAACAGAAUUGAAAAAUUUAUGGACAAUUUACAAGAUUAAUAUCGAUCUAAUUAAUAAUUAUACCACUUUCAUUACCACUGCAUUAUUACCUUCUCAAUCACCACAAGAUAUUUUAAUUGGUGAAGAAAUCAUAGAGAUUUAUAGAAUUGAAAGAAGACUAUGGGUAUAUGGUACAAUUACUUUCUUAGACGUAUUGAAGAAUUUUUCAAAUUUCAUGGAUCCAGAUGUUUGUUCUCAAUUUAUUACUCACGUUUUCAUAUCUUUAUCUACAAUGCUUAUAGAUAUACCUCCAAAACAUUCCAUUCCAUGGUUACAAAGAUUAGGUGAUUUAUCAAGGAUGGCAAUUGCCUUGUAUCCAUCAGGAUUCAUAGAUUGGAAAUUAAGUGCAGAAUAUUGGUAUUUAGAGGCCAUGAAAUUUACCUAUAGCCAUGGUAAAUUGUAUUAUCAUAUGUCUACAGUGCAACAAAAUACUUUAGAAGCAUUCGUCAAUUUAGGGAAGAGUGUCUUUUGUCAGGAUACUUUUACACCAUCUCAACAAUACAUGCAAUUAGUCAUUGACAAUAUUUACCAACGUACAUUCGUUGAUCGAACCAACAAUGGUAACAUUAGAAACUCUGACUUGAUUGAUUAUUUGAAACAUAGUGAAGUCAUGCUAUUGCCAACAUUUUUAGAGAAUGCAGAAUUACAACGUGUGGUUUUGAAUUAUUUCCAAGAUAGAUUUGGAAUUGAUUACAAUGAAAACAAUAUAUUUGAAACUCAACAGAUGUUUACCCAGAUACCUUCGUCAUUAAGAUUCUAUUUCAGACAUGCUCCAGCAUUUGCAGAAUCUCAUAUAUUACAAAUAAUAGGUUUUGGUGACCCAAAAAAUCCAUUUGCCAUUUUAUUUGAUUUACCGAAAUAUUUAAAGGAGAGAAAGGACAAGAAGGAUAAGAAUAGAACGAGAACUGCUGAUUCUAAUAGUAAUAACUCCAAUGGUAAUGAUAAUGCCAAUAACCAUACCAAUUCUAAUGUUACUAAUAGUAUAGCUACUUCUUCAGCCACCACAACAACAGUGAAUUCUCCAAUUUCAACUUUACAACCAACAGGGGAUCUUGGAUCUGAUAUGUCUAUUGAUCAAACAAGUAUUCAAAUAUCUACCACAGAUUUUUUUGAAAAUAUUGAUUCUCUAAAGGCUCCAAUCAAGAAAGCUAAUAUAUAUAUAUGGCUAAAGUCUUUAGAUUUUGUGAAUUUGACUUCAUUGAAAUGUAGUAUGAUUGUUUUGAAGAAAUUUUUACAUGGACCAUUUUUAAUUGCAUUACCUCAUUUCCUACCAUGGGCAUAUUUUAUUGUGGCCACUGCUACAAAAGCACGUCGUACAUUCCAAGAUGAUGAAAGUUCGUUAAAGUUUUGGAAUGUAUUAAUAAAGAGACUUUUCCCAUGGAAUACUAUAUCAAGUUUCUUGAAUGUUUUGAUCGCUUAUGCUCUUGAUAAUUUCCACAAUUGUGAAUGUAUUAAUAGUAUUUGUGAUGAAUAUUCUAGGUUUGAAACAUUGGAUGAGUUACUAAUAUAUUUUAAUGAUAAUGAAGAAUUACCAGAAGUUUGGAAAUGUUGGGGUACUCUAUGGUAUGAUACAUUAUGUGAUAAAGGUGCAUUGAAAGCUGAAAAUUUUCAACAAUUGGGUAUUAAGGAUCAUAUGUUUUUAGAUUUACCAAUUGAUGGUAUUGAUUUUGAUACCCAAGAUGAAAUUGGGGAAAAAUUCUGGAAAAGAGCAUUACGUCUAAUCUUUAUGUUUAAGAAAAUUGCUGAAGAAUUUAAUAUUGGUUUAGCGAUCUCUAAUGAUGUGUCAGUAUAUUGUAAUGAUCCACAAGUUGAACCAUCCCAUAUCUUACGAACUUUUUGUUUUAAAGCUAUUCCUUAUACUGAAGACACAUCAGAAAGAUUUAAUGAAAUGAUUCCAUUAUGUGAAGAAAUUGAUGAAAUAAAUUCUAAUUUUGGUGCAGCACCAUCAUUGAGUCUAAUACCAGGAGAAAGUAUAUUUGAUUAUCUUGGUUAUAAGAAGUUUUUCCCUGAUAGUGAAUCAUUUGAUAAGAAUGGUGAUGUAAUAAGUUCUUCAUUAUACACAAAAUAUUUGACGAACAAUAAAAAUGUAAUGAGUGGUGGCGGUGCUAACAAUAAUAAUAGCGGUAGUACGCCUGUUGUCGUAGAUUCUUCAAAAUCAUCAUCUGGAUUUAAUUUUCCUAAUACAAUAGCGACAACAACGACAGCAAAUACAGAGAUUACACCAACCCAACCAAUACCGACACAACCAUCAACAAAUGGUAUAUUUGGAGAUGAAGAGGAAUGGUUUACUAAAUAUAUGGGCCAAGAAAAUACAUUUGAUACCUUUGAUGAUCCAUUAGAUGUAAUCAAUAAAGAGUUUACUUAUUUUGUGUUUGAUGCUACUUCAUGGUUGCGCCAUUUUGCACAUAUUUAUAAACUUGCCACAAAUAAUGUAUUAAGAUUUGCAGUAUGUUUAACUACAUUCCAAGAAUUAAGAUUUUUACGUAAAUCAAAGGAUGAAAAUGUUGUAGAGGCUGCAGCUAGAGCCAUUAUUACUAUGAGACAAUUAUAUCGAGAGGAUAAAUUAUUACCAUUAAGAUUUACUGGUAAUAUGGCAGCAGAUAUUGAAGAACAUUUAGAAGUUGAAGAACAAAUUACAUGGCGUUCGCAUGUUGAUGAAUUUGUCAUUGAAGCAGUUAUGAAAGCACAGCAAAAAUUCAAAGAACAUAAUACGAUUGGAAUGUCAUCUGAUUUCAUAUAUGUUGUCUUAGUCACGGAUGAUAUUACCAUGGCAAAGAAGGCUAAGGAUCAGCAAGUAAUGACAUUCAGUACGCAUUUCAUCUUUUCAUUAUGUACAAAGAUGGGUAUAAAGAAUAAUGUCUGUACGAAUUAA